UCACUGACAACAAAGAAUAUUGUUAUUUUUGCAUUUGUAGUUGCUGUGAGAUCACUGCAGAGUUGUUUUAGUUCUUGGGUGCACAAUGGAUUACUUUGCUUUUGUUUACAUUUACUUUCCCUUGUCUUCAAGGCCAUGGUCUUCAGCACUUUUGCAAAACACAGCACUGCAGGGGGGUUUUUUUUUUGGUAAGUUCUUCUGACUGCAAGGAACAUUUAAUUUCAGUUCUUAGUGGCUGUGCUUGGUGCCGGAAAUGACCGUAGUGAUUGAAGUUCCUCAUAGGCCCAGCACAUUAAUUGUGUGUGAGGAAAUGCUCUAUCAUCCCUGCUGAGUGUCUGCACUGCAAACAUGCAACCCCCCUGUGAAGAUGAGGACACAGACUUGCUCCUCCAGGCACUACUUGAGGGACAGAACUAUGGAACUGCUGCAGCAGAUGGAACACAAUGUCCAUCAGUGUCUGUGUCAAAGAACAAUCCAGCAAAGAGGGAUUGCCUGGUAGUUGCCGUGCUGUGCUUUGGGAAUUUAAUAAAUUUCAUUGAUUGGUUCAUUGUGCCAGGGAUCCUGUUGGAUAUACAGAAAUACUUUGGGCUUAGCGAUGGGAAGACAGGUCUGCUGCAAACAGUCUUCACUUUGUGUUACAUGCUGGCUGCCCCCAUCUUUGGGUACCUUGGAGAUCGCUACAACAGGAAAAUCAUCCUUGGAGCUGGUAUUUUCUUCUGGUCUGGUGUGACCUUAGGGAGCUCAUUCAUCACUGAGUCGCAUUACAAGAUAUUUGUUCUUUCACGAGGACUGGUUGGCAUUGGCUCUGCCAGUUACUCCACUAUAGCACCCACCAUCAUUGCAGACCUGUUUGAGGAAGGAAAAAGGACCACAGUGUUAUCUAUCUUCUACAUCUUCAUUCCAGUGGGAAGUGGUUGUGGUUAUAUGCUGGCAGCUGGCAUGGCAGAAAGCACAGGUGACUGGCACUGGGCAUUCAGGGUAACUCCUUGCAUGGGAGGACUGGCACUGCUUCUCCUGAUUUUACUGGUCCCUCACAAGAUCCAGAGAAAGGCAGCAGCACACAGAGCAAUGAGCAUCUCUGGCACGAUAUGCAGAGCAGAUGAGAAGCCAGAUGUACACAGAACUGCCAAGACCACUUGGUGUCAGGAUGUGGGAUCACUUGUCAAGAACUGUAGUUUUGUCUGUUCCUCACUGGGUCUGACUGCCAUGGCCUUUGUCACUGGAGCCCUGGGAAUGUGGAUGCCACUGUUUCUGUACAGAGCUCAGGUUGUCCAGGGCAUUGUCCCACCAUGCCUCCAAGAAUCGUGCAAUUCAUCUAACAGCCUAAUAUUUGGAGGCAUCACCAUUGGGACAGGAAUUUUGGGUAUUAUUGCUGGGGCAGAAGCUGCGAGACGAUUAAGGAAGAGAAACAACAAAGCUGAUCCUCUGAUCUGUGCCACAAGCAUGUUCAUUUCUGCCCUGUGCCUCUACAUAGCUCUGAUGGUGGCCCAGACAAACAUCCUUUCCACUUUUAUUUUUAUUGCAUUUGGAGAACUGUUUUUGUCUGUAAAUUGGGCUGUUGUGACAGACAUACUGCUGUACGUGGUGACACCGAGGCGACAGUCCACAGCCAUCGCCCUGCAGAUUUUGGUGAGCCAUUUGCUGGGAGAUGCAGGCAGCCCAUACCUCAUCGGAGUUAUCUCCAACGCUAUCCAGGCCAGGAACAUGCCAUCGUUGCAGUGGAGUUUCCGGAGCAUGCAGUACAGCUUUGCCAUCUGUGCUUUUGUUGGGGUCUUUGGAGGAGCCUUUUUCCUCCUGACAUCUUUCUACGUCGAGGAAGAUCGGAAAGAAGCCCAGAGGCUCUGAGGUGUCCGUGUUUAUAAAUUCUAAACCCAGGUGUGGUGACCUGUUUGGACACCAGCCAUGGUAUUGUCUCUGUAACAUUAAACCAUGCUAAUGUCUGCCUUAUGGUAAUGCCACAUCAGUCUCUAUAAAAAUGAUCAGGGCAAAAUCCCAGUGAAGUCUCAGAUUAGACAAACCUCACACAUUCUGCCUGUGAGGGUGCCUGGGACUGGGAAGCAGUCACCUCAUCCCUUGGAACAGGCAAAAAACCAUGAAAGAACAGUGUGCCAAGUCAGGCUGGCAUUCAAGUAGCUGCAAGUGGCUGUAUUCCAUUACAAGAGAGCAACUGGAUUCAUCUCAGUGCUAUAAUUACCCUCAUUGUAAUCCAAUAAAGCCUUGGAAAUGUUCUUAGAAAGCUUUUGGCUUAUAAAAGAAACAAAGGUUAAUAUGAGGAGGCUCUUGAUCCUGAUGCUGUGUAGCUGAUCAAAAUUGUGUGGGUCUCACUUUGUGUAAUUUCAUGUUUCUGAACAGUUUUGUUAUUAAUAUGUAAAUUGCCUACAUCCCCUGCAAGAGUCAAAUGGCUGUAAUUGGAGAGAUUAAUGGACAUGCUGUCAAAUCCUAUUGUAGGAAGGUGCUUUGUAAAUGCCUCGUUAGAAGUGCCCAGAUUUGGAAUGUGAUGUAUCCCAGCAGGCCUGACCUUGCCAAGAGAGCUGGGGCAGGCUUGGGAAGCACACCCUGUGUCCCUAAAACCAGGGGUCUGUGCAAUGAACAAACCCAACCUGCCCAGGACUCAGCUCACACUGUGGCACCAAGGUCUGACUUUAUCUGCUCAUACACUCUGGUGGGUCUUUUCCUAUAGUUAAUAUUUUUCUAUAUUAUUGUGAAAAAUUCUUUUAAAUUGAAUUCAGAAAUAAAUUUGUGCAUUCAUGUAUGCAGGUAUCAUUUGCUUUUCAGUAUCAAAUGUGUUGGGCAGAAGGAAAUAAAGGAAAAUACCCUGCUUAAUGAAAACAUCA